AAUGGUUUCCAUACGGGCGGCGCAGAGCGGGACAAAAAGGCGCCUGCCGGAGGAAUGCAUCUCAUGUUCACUGGUUACGCGCAGUACCGUCUGUAAACAAGCAUCUGCAUCUCACAAUUUCCGCCCUUCCCCUUCAAUCACACGAUUAAUUUAAUAAUACGUCAUUUCAGCUCCGGUUUAUUAGAUUAGCUGAUCGGAAUCCGACUGAUCUAACAUUGUGGCACUUCCUUUUAGCUCGGCUUGCUUCCCGUUUCAUCCUGAUAUCCGACACUUGGAGGUUAGGCCUUGUCAACUGUCAGUACAUAGGCCGAUAAAUGGUGGCUGAAGGAUAAAACUCAAGCCAAGAUAACGAUGGCAAUGCGAAAGAGAAGUGGCUCUGGAUCCAAACGACAGUAUAGGGAAAAAAUAUUACUCAUAUACGAGAGCUUUUUCAAGGGGGAUGAACCCACACUUACCAAUCCUCAUUUUUGGGAUGAACUUUUUCUCCUCAAACCAAAGGUAGCGCAAAUUGAGGCUGAAAUAUUACGUUUAGCUGUAGACCAGCUCAGUACAGUGAGAGAAAAUCUUAAUGCUUUGGUAUGCCACUGUGUUGAUACUCUGGCACACGAGCACCACAUCAGAGUAGUGUAUGCGCUGCAAACAUUGUCUGCUGUAAUUCAAGCAAUGUAUAAAAAGGCUGACCAAGGUGACUGUGGAUUUAAUUUAAUCGAUAAUCUGGUCGGUUUUGACUCCGCUGAACAGAGAAUGACAACACUAAUGCGGCACUGCAAUAACUUCAUCACUGGCGAAUACCCAGAUAGCUUAAAGGCCUUAUGCCUUAAACUUUUACUGAUAAUAGUUACCGGCACGGAUAAUGUUAGCCAGAACACAUUGCUUGAAUACGUCAUGUUGAACAGUGUAUUCGAAUCACUAGUGCAGCUAUUAAGAGACACCAAAACAAGGAGUCAGCAUGGUCAUGACGCAGUGCUACUCUUGACACUUCUAGUGAACUACAGGAAACACGAAAGUGCCAAUCCCUACAUAGUUAAGCUUUCAAUUCUAGAUGACGAAGUAGCACUGAAUGGCUAUGGUCAAGUGAUAUCGACAUCAUUAACUGAUUUUUGUCGACAAUUCGACCAACAGAGAGCAGACAUUCAAGCUUCUUGGUUGUCAUCGUUGACGAAUAUGGUAGGCAGCAUGUUUGUAGGUGAGGAAGAAGCAAAGACUCAACAAAUCCGCGCUAAUAACGCGCUACUGUUGGCACUUUAUGAAGCGACACAUUUAAAUAGAUAUUUUGUUACUACAUUGGCACAUAUACAGAGCGACACAAGUGCACCACCUUCACCAAAUAAUACCUUAGGCCCAAAUGCAGUUGCCCCCGGGGCUCAACCUCAAGAUAUAAUGGCACAGCCAGUCAAUCUCUUGGCAACAUUUUUUGAAUACUGUUCCAUCGUCACGCAAGGCAUUAAAACUCAGGGGAAUAAAACCGACGCUAUAACUGCUAACGUAAAGCUUUGCUUUCUCAUUCUGAGUUGCAUUGCUGAAGAUCAAUAUGCCAACAGUUUGAUCCACGAUGCUAACUUGGCCUUCAAAGCUCAACUGCACAGAUUACCCAUGAGACAUAGGAAACUCCAGGAAAAGGUGGCUCUAAUUCAACCGUUAGCUGCCACACUACUGGACUUGUUGGUUGAAUUUAUAAUGACACACAUGAUGAAGAAUUUUCCAAUCGAAUUGUAUCUUCAGUGUAUCGGAGUUUUGCAAAGAUUGCUUUGCUAUCAGAAAAGGUGCCGUGUAAGGCUUGGUUAUCAAUGGAGGGAGCUAUGGACUGCGUUGAUUCAUCUGUUGAAGUAUCUCACCACUGCCGAAAGUCAGUUGGCUAAGAAAAUGAACAUAUUUCAUCUGGCCAUCCAGAUCGUCAACAUUUUAAAUCUCUUCAUUACGUAUGGAGAUACCUUUCUAUCAUCACCGAGCAGUUACGACGAAUUAUUUUACGAAAUAAUAAGAAUGCGGGCCGUUUUCACGAAUCUGAAUGCUAUGGCCCUUAGGUAUUCGACGAGUGAUAUUUGCGAGUUCAAAGAACAUGCUUUGAAGUUGACAAACUGCUUAGUCAACGUGCGAGAUAUUAUAAAUCACUUUACUCCGAAGAUUGAUACUUGGUUAGCAAGUCAGAGUCUUUCAACACCAACUGAAGAACAGAUUUUAGCUGUUGUUAUUCAGAAUUAUGACAGUCUUACUUUAAAGCUACAAGAUAGCUUAGAUCAGUACGAAAGAUACUCCGAAAAACCGAAGCAUACUGCUUUCUUCACAAAUAUGGUAAGAGGAGUUGUGAUUGAUACAAGAGGAUCCAUAGACUUGAGCACGUUGGAUACUCAGGCCAUUCUACAAGAAUUUUCUAGCUUUUCGUAGCGAUGAAGUAUGUAAGGAAUAAGGGUCAUUUUUAGUAACCCUUAAUCAUCUUCAACAUAAUGAUAUAUAUACAAUAUAUACUGCAUCAGAAAAUCUACAGAUGAGUAUAAAUUGUACAAAAAAAAAAAAAAAAAAAAAAAAUGAUCGUGCCAUAAAUUGGGUUUUUUGUGUAGUGGGGGUUUCAAAAUUUUGCUUUCUUUGAUGUUUUUCAAUUAUUGUUGUUACAUUUUAUAUAACGCAAGCAUAUUUUACAUGUUUUUCAUGCUUGUGUCUGGUAUAUAAAGUAACUGUUUUAGCGAUGGUGAGAGUAAGUUACGACUGCACAUGCAUAGAAUACAAUGUACAUUGUGUAUCUAGGGUAGAAAGUAGAUAAUUCCCGCCCACGAGUGCGGAGUUUGUGGCACGAGCCAAGACCACAGUUCUAAACUGCGUAUGAAUGAGAGAUUGCGUAUCCACCCACAAUAUACACAAUGUUUUUCCUCACACCUGUGAGGAUAGGGAAUAAUAAUGGGAGAAUAAUAUAUAGAAGGAUUCACAAAUUCUGCCCUAGAAGUGUGUACUGGAAAUAAUUUCAAAGUUUUGACGUAUUGCAGAGUGAGACAGAUGUUAUUGUGUGAUUGAUAGAUAACGUCGAGUAAGAUUCAGCAUCUUCUAGUUCCGAAUUCACAUCAAAGAAGUCAUGCUCAUU